CAUAUAGAAAAAGAAUGCGAUCGAUUUUGAUAACCGGUUGUAACCGUGGCUUAGGUUUUGGACUCGUUAAAAGUUUGGUAAGAUCAAACAAUCCACCAGAGAAGAUAUUCGCCACGUGCCGAGAUGUCGACAAAGCCGCGGAAUUGACCGCACUUGCUAAAGAAGCAAAAACUAUUCAUGUGAUAGAAAUAGACUUAAGGAAUUCAGAUGAGCAUCCUAAGCUUGUCAAGGAAGUGGCAGAUCACGUCGGCAAUGCCGGACUCAAUGUUUUAUUCAACAAUGCUGGAACAUCGACAAAAUUCGCUCGACUUCCCCUUGUUAAAGAGCAGCAACUCACUGAAAAUUUCAUCAUCAACACCGUUGCCCCAAUUCUCUUGGCCAAAGCAUUUUUACCUUUACUGAAACAAGCUGCCGCUAAUCAUCCUAACAAGCAAGGUAUGAGUAUAGAGAAAGCUGCUAUCAUUAAUAUGUCAUCUACUCUUGGAAGCAUAACGAGCAAUGACGCUGGUGGAUUUUAUCCUUAUCGAUGCAGCAAGGCUGCAUUGAAUGCUGCUACUAAAUCAAUGAGUUUAGAUUUGAAAAACGAUAAUAUUUUGGUGAUAGCAAUGCAUCCUGGAUGGGUGAAGACUGACAUGGGCGGAUCGAAUGCUCCAUUAGAUGUGGAAACAAGUACAAGAGAUAUGCUCAAUACUCUAGAAUCACUUACUGAAAGACACACAGGUGCAUUUUUCCAGCAUGAUGGUAGAACCUUGCCAUGGUGAACUCACUUGUAUCCCGAUUUUGAUAUUAUAAAAUAUUGUUGAAUGUUUAAAAAUAGGUGCUUAUUUGUUUACGUAUUAUUAAUAAAUCAGAGUCAAAAAAUUAAGAUCAGCAACAUUUAAAUUUGCCUAUUGGGAUUAUGAUGCUCC